GGCUAAAUUAAAUGACCAUUAUUUUUGGUGGGGCUACUUUGGUAUGAUGACAUUAGUUAUUUAGACUUGUUACAACUAUUGUUAGAUCACGUGAUUAUGCUACAGCAAAUUACAAAUAUCUGCCGUCUUUUUACAUUCCUUGUUAAUAAUUUUCUCGCUUCAUUUCAUUCCAACAAUCUUUCUUCCUUUCUUUCAUUCUUCUCUUAAUCUUGCAAUGUUUCAGCUUCUCAGAUUACCCACUUAAAUCUUUAUCCUUUUCCCAUCUAUUUGUUCUUUGUUUGCCUAGGUGAAGUGAAUUUUUUUUGACAUAUUCAUCUGGGUAUCUUCAAAAAUUGCCUCUUGAAUCUCGAUUCUUGUUCUAGAAGUUCUUAACACACUCAUAAAUCCCACUUCAAAUCUGGGUUUAAUUGAAGAUUUUAUUUCAUACCCAGAAAAUUAUGGACAAUACUAAUAAUAAUUGCUGGGGUUCCAACAAUAACAAGGACAAAUCUUGGAGAGCAGUAUUAAUAUUAGCAUAUCAAAGCUUGGGAGUUGUAUAUGGAGAUUUGAGUAUUUCCCCUUUAUAUGUGUUCAAGAGUACAUUUGCAGAUGACAUUCAUCAUUCUGAAACAAAUGAAGAAAUUCUGGGUGUUCUUUCAUUUGUAUUUUGGACAUUAACUUUACUUCCUUUGCUUAAGUAUGUUUUCAUAGUCUUAAGAGCAGAUGACAAUGGUGAAGGUGGUACUUUUGCUCUAUAUUCAUUGAUAUGUAGGCAUGCCAAAGUGAGUCUUUUGCCAAAUAGACAGGCAUCAGAUGAAGAUGUUAGUACAUAUAAGAUGGAGCAUCCUCCUGGGAGUAAUAGUAAUUCUAAGGUUAAAAUGGUGCUUGAGAAGUAUAAAUGUUUGCGUACUGCAUUGCUAGUGUUGGUUCUUCUUGGUACUUGUAUGGUUAUUGGAGAUGGACUCCUUACUCCUGCUAUCUCUGUUUUCACUGCUGUUUCCGGCCUCGAGUCUUUGAUGUCCCCUGAGAAUCACCAAUAUGCUGUGAUCCCAAUCACAUGCUUCAUUUUAGUCUGUCUUUUUGCUCUUCAACACUAUGGAACACAUCGAGUUGGCUUCGUCUUUGCACCUAUAGUUUUGAUCUGGCUACUAUGCAUAAGUGGUCUGGGGUUAUAUAAUAUUCUACAUUGGAAUCCACAAGUUUAUCGAGCUAUUUCACCAUACUACAUGUACAAGUUCUUGAAGAAAACCACGAUAAGUGGAUGGAUGUCUUUAGGAGGUGUUCUGCUCUGCAUUACAGGUUCGGAGGCAAUGUUUGCUGAUUUAGGACACUUCUCUUACAUGGCAAUUCAGAUUGCUUUCACUUUUCUUGUAUAUCCAACUCUCAUACUAGCUUAUAUGGGUCAAGCUGCUUAUUUGUCAAUGCAUCAUGAGAAUUCCGAUGCAAUCAGUUUUUACCUCUCUGUUCCAGAAAAGGUCAAAUGGCCAGUGAUUCUGGUAGCUAUUCUUGCUUCAGUUGUGGGAAGUCAAGCAAUUAUAAGCGGGACAUUCUCAAUCAUUAACCAAAGCCAAUCACUUGGUUGCUUCCCCCGAGUCAAGGUUAUUCACACGUCAGAUAAGAUACAUGGCCAGAUAUACAUUCCUGAAAUCAACUGGAUACUGAUGGUCCUCUGUAUUGCUGUUACAAUAGGAUUCAGAGAUACGAAACACUUGGGAAAUGCAUCAGGUUUAGCAGUGAUGACAGUGAUGUUGGUGACAACAUGCCUAAUGUCCUUGGUCAUUGUUCUAUGCUGGCAUAAACCUCCCAUAUUAGCUCUUUGUUUCCUUCUCUUCUUUGGUUCAAUCGAAAUCCUCUACUUCUCAGCUUCUCUGGUCAAAUUUUCUGAGGGAGCCUGGCUUCCAAUCCUGUUAGCUCUUAUUCUGAUGGCCAUCAUGUUUGUAUGGCACUACGCCACCAUCAAAAAGUAUGAAUUUGACCUCCACAACAAAGUGUCCUUGGAAUGGCUUCUAGCCUUAGGCCCGAGCUUAGGGAUAUCACGGGUCCCAGGCAUUGGCAUGGUCUUCACUGACCUCACUUCUGGCAUCCCAGCUAACUUCUCUCGCUUUGUCACAAAUCUCCCUGCAUUCCACAAGAUAUUGGUCUUUGUCUGUGUGAAGUCUGUUCCUGUUCCCUACAUUCCCCCAGCUGAGAGAUAUCUUAUUAGCCGUGUGGGCCCCUCAAAUCAUCGUUCCUAUCGAUGCAUAAUCCGUUAUGGGUACCGUGAUGUCCACCAAGAUGUUGAUUCCUUUGAGUCUGAGCUUGCUACUAAGUUGGAUAAAUUCAUCCGUUAUGAUUGGGCCCAGGAACAAGGGGAAGGCCAACAGUCCCUUCAAUGUGAUGAGGCUCGAUUAAAUGAUGGAUGUAGGUUAGCUAUGACGGGCACAAUCAGAUACUCCCGUGAACCUCCAUAUGAGAUUGAUGAAAACCCACAACCAGCAAGCGUGUCCAUUGGACUGCCUACAGUUGACAGCAUGGGGGACAUCAUGGAGAUGGUGCCUGUAAAACAAAGAGUGAGAUUCGCUGAUGAUGCAAGGUCCUGUGAUGACAGAGAAGUCCAGAUGCUGCAAGAAUUAGAUGAUCUAUGGGAUGCUCAGCAAGCUGGGAGUGCCUUUAUAAUAGGGCAUUCCCAUGUUAGAGCUAAACAAGGAUCAUCUUUUCUUAAGAGGAUUGCCAUUAAUUUUGGGUACAAUUUUCUUAGGAGGAACUGCAGGGGGCCUGAUGUUGCACUCCGGGUGCCACCGGUGUCCCUUCUAGAGGUUGGCAUGGUCUAUGUUGUUUAAGACUCGGAUUAUGCUGUGUAAUUAGCUUUACUUACAAUCAGUUUUGUUAAUACAUAUGAAAUGACAGCGUAUGUGGCUGAUUUUGUGCAUCGUCACAUAACGAGAGAAGUUAGGGCAUGUCUUGCUACUAAGAAGAAAUGCUUUGUACAGUUAGUCUUCUGAUGGCUUUACUUCAGCAUUUGUCCUUAUAGAGAGUGAAUGAUUUAAUCAUGGUUAAGAACGUGUAAUUUUAGUAAUGUCAUAAGAGUAUGGCUAAUUGCUAAACA